AUGGCCAAAAAUAGCGUGCCAAAUUUUGACCUUCCGGCCGAGAAGAUGUUCUCGGUCCAAGUCGGUGAUCGGCUAUUCCGACUGAGUGGGGCUUCGCUAUCGUCGGACGCUCCGUCCUAUUUCACCUGCUUCUUUGCCAAAGACGAGAACGACGGUAAAAUCCUCUUCAUUGACCGUUCGCCUGUUGUUUUCGACAAAAUCUAUAUGCAUUUACAAGGAUAUCAUGUGUCUGUUCUCGAUGAGAUGGAAUUCAUCUAUCUGCUCGCUGAUGCCAACUACUUCAGCCUGAACAAGCUAAAAUCGCAGCUGAUUAAUGGAGAUGUUUUCGCUAAAAUAGGCUCCCGGUCUUUCCGCAUACCGCGAAAGCUGAUAUCGGGUCCGGGAAAUUACCCCAACUUCUUCAGUAUUGCAUAUGACUCGUUGCUCCGAGACCCGUUCGGAAUUGACGAACUCAAAGACUUGUUGAGGCCGCCUCCACAGGAACCGCUAAUUGUUUUCAGCAGAUCGGAUGCUUUGUUUGAAGAAUUGUUGUAUGGACUACAAGGACAUGAAAUUGUAUUUCAGAACGAAAAGCACAGGGAAAAUCUCCUCUUUGAAUGCAGAUAUUACAGGUUUUUGGCACUGGAGCAGAAACUGGUCAACCACAAAAUCACGGUGAAUCCGUUCACUAGGGCAGAAGAGAUCACCAUCAAUCUGAAAGACGUGAAGAAGCAAGGCCUCUUGAAUCCAUCUCCGAAUGAUGGCUCUCAAGAUUUUCUGGUAAAGUAUUCGCGGCCGUAUGUUGAUGAGUCGAUUCUUCGUGAUUUGAUCGUUCAGGUAGAGAACACCGAUAUCAACCUCUUGGUUUCGAAGACUUCCAAAAUGGUCAGUCUGUUCAUCCUGGGAAAAACAGCGAGGCAAAUCUACAAACUGUUUAGUACUCUGACCAAUGACAUCAUGUACGAGGAGCUGAAGAACGGUAACGAAACCACCCCAAAGGUGACAAUGUUGGUCCAGAUGAUUGGAUGUAAUUGUGUUCUGAAUGGCCAAGAAAUGAAAGCCGAUUGGCUGGAGAAAAUAAUCAAUGAGGAUGACUCUCCGGAAGAGCAGAUGUUGCGAGAAAGUGAGCUGCCUGAUGAGAGUCUGUACAGAAUCCCUGGUCCUAGAAGAGCAAUCCCAAGCUUACCGCCCCCCUCUGUUCCAGAAAACAAAGAUGUGAUCGCGAUUAGGGUGUUGAAGUCACAAUGGUCGUUUGGAACGAGAGGGCAGAGACUGUGGAUGAAUGGACGAAAGCUUACAGGAGUUACAGAUUGCAUGUCAUGGCAAAAGGCUAAUGCGUUUAUUUGA